GAGUAGGCAUGCAACUGGAAGGAGCUCACUACGCCAAUCUGACUCUAUUGCUUUCUCUGGCUAUCAGAAAGCAGAAACUCAUAUUUCUCUCUCAGCAAUGGAAGGAGUAAUUACAAGACACUGGGUGGAAACUCCUGUACGUUAUCAAGAGCAGUUUGCUGUCCAAGAUCUGGAAGCAUGCAAGUUGGAUCACUUUUUAUAUGCAUUGCCAGGCUCAUCCACAGCUGAGGUGAAAAACAGACGUGCAACAACAAUUACAGCUGCAGCAGAGAAUAGCACAGAAGAAGGCAAAUCCAGUUUUCAAGUCUUAUUGGAUGUUGUGCAGUUCCGUCCUGAAGAUAUCAUCAUUCAGACUUUUGAAGGCUGGCUCCUGAUCAAAGCUCAGCAUGGACCUAGGAUGGAUGAACAUGGUUUCAUAUCCAGAAACUUUAUAAGACAAUACAAAUUACCUAAUGGAGUCAAGAAAAAAGAUUUGUCUGCACUCUUUUGCCAUGAUGGCAUUUUGGUUGUUGAAAUGAAAAGCUCAGAGGGAAUGGAUUAAAGUCUUGUUAAUUGUUAUUGGUGAGAUGACAUUAGUCCUAAUGUAAUUCAAACAAUGCUUUGCAAUGCAGCCAUGCAUGUGGAGUUGUUCGUUUGCAUUUACAACGGAGAUAAGAACAAAACUUUGCAUGUAUUUCUGGCAUGUUGAGUUUUAUUGUUUGAUGUGAAAUGUAAAACCACCUUCCUCCAGCUGCGUGUGUGUUGGAGACCUCUGCUUUUUAAACAAAACAAAGUUUAUGGCAAUCAUAACAAAUGAAAAGUAUUUUAUAUAUUGCUCUCUGAUAAGAUACCAAGUAUAAAGCAUGUAUAAAAUACCAAUAAAUGGGAUUUACUUUUGUAAUAUGUAUACAUGAGAUGAAUAAUGAAAGGAGCCACUGACAUUAGUCCAUCAGUUUUAAGGAAUUUUAAUUUACAUAACAGAAAAAUGCCAUAUUUUUAUUAGUUACAUCAUCAUAUAAUAUUAACUUCAGCUUUCUUAGAUGAUGUCCAAGUAUGAAUGAGCAGCAUGCAUUUGGUCUGCAAUAUAAUUUUUGGCAAAACAUUUUGAAUUCAUAUUCAUUUCUAAAAUUGCUUUCAAAUGUUCCAUUAAAAUGUAUUUAAGGGACUACUGAACAACAGAAUAAACAUUAAAUAGUGUUUUGAAAAUGCAAUGUUUCAAAAUAUGCCAUCUUUCUACUAACACUGAGUCAACUUAUUUUGAUAGAAAUUUUUUAACACUUUGUUUUUUAAUCUCAGUUCAUUUAUUUAAAUAUCCUGGCUUUCUCCCAACAAUAGAAGCAAAAUGAUGUUCAGUAAUAAAAGUUCAAAGGAAUCAAAGUCAUUCUUAUGUAGCUGCCCUUGAUUUAAAGGCAUUAAUGUGCUAGAGGUAAAUUCAAUCUAAUAAAUAUACACAAUCAAUUUGAUAACAAUCAUGUAAAUGUUUUGUUCUAUGACUUUCUUUAGUACUUAAAAGUCCUGAUCAUACAAUUAGCUCUAUGGGAGCAGAUGCUCAGUCCUUCAGAGCCCAGCUAGCUCUGCACCAGCAGAGGGGUUCAAAUGCCUGGGUGUGAUUGCAAGAUGUGGCCCCUCAUUAAGAACACAGGGCCACUUUCUCCUCCUGUGCAGACUAACUCGGCUACCCCCUGAAGUUUCUCCUCUUAGUUACACUAUAGCAAUCCCACUCAUUUCAUUGGGGUUGUAUAACUAAGUUUAGACAGAACUCUGUCUGCUAUUUCUAACAAAUGGUCCUCAACAUUUAAAAAAGAUUUGUCACAAAUGGUACUGUAAAUACUCAAAGCAUUCUAGGGGAACUGCAGCUGCAAAUGAAACUGCCUCCUUUUAUGUAUACUUAAGAUAAGUAUGAGUGCUGUGCUAUGAAUAGUAAAGGAAUGCAGAGUGGAAAGUGCAAAGCUAAAUACAGACUCUUUCUGAUAGCCAUCUGCUGUUCAGACACGUUAAAAACAUUUUUGAACAAAAUCAAAUACAAAAAAAAUUCUGCGUAUAUUAAAUCACAAAUCAUAGUUUAACAAAAACAUUAGUUUCUGAUUUACAGUGAAAGCACUACGAUUGUGUGUUUGUGUUGCCAUGUUUAGAAAUGUUUGUAUUAAUGAUCAAUUACAUUUGAAGACAAUUGAAAACCAUUGGUUUGGGAAAGAAAAUAGGCCAUAUACCCAUUUUUUAUUUUUAUUUUCACUACAAACUCAUACCAAUUUAAAAGUAAGUUUGCUUUUCACAAGAAAUGAUGCACAAGAAAUGAAGUCCAGAUCCUGCAAUUCAUUGCAUAUGGUCACUCUGCUGCAAUACAUUUGUCUUUCUGUAUCCAUAGGUUUGAGGAAAUUUGAAUGAGAUUCCAGUUACAAAAUUCAGAUCCAGAUUCAAAACAUUUCAAAGUUCAGAAUCUUUCAGAUCCAGAGAUUUCAUUGAACCCAUGAUAUAAAUUAUACUUAUUUGCAAAUUUUAGAUGAAAAUCUGGGAUUAGAUGUACAGUAAUUCCUCAUUUAACACUAUAGAUGUGUUUCUGAAAAUGUUCGUACUCAGCGAAAAUAUGCUAUGCGGAAUCAAUUUUCCCAUUAAAAAUAAUGGAAAAGGUGGUGAUGAAGUUUCAGCUGGUGAUGGCAAAGUCACUUUUUUGUUGGUGCUGGGUCAUCAACAUCAACAUUAGAUAUCUAGCAACUCAAGUCACUGUGGUUUGUCAAAACACAAAGAUAAACACGUGAGUGAGCGGAGGAACGCUGUGACCACGUAUAUUCAUCCACUAGUGCGUAUUACCAUUGUUUUCACCAAUUUAUACCGCCAUGUAAAGUAGUCUGCCACUUGAUUAUUUUCGUGUGUUAUUCGAAAAAUGUUCCCUAAAAAAAUUGUGCUAUUGCGAAAACAUGUUAAGCAGGCACAUGUUAAACGAGUAUUUACUGUAUUUAGAACAAUGGCUUUUACACCAUCAGAUGUAAUGAGAUGUGGAUUAUAUAGAGGUAACCAGCUAUACUGUAGUAUCAUUUUAAAAAACCUUAAUAUUCGUCUCGCUCAUUUUACUUUACAAAGAAUUUGAAAAAGAUGAUAAUUUAAAAUAAAAAAUCCACCCCAUCUGUUAUUAAAGAGAAAGCAUUCAGAGAUAACAUAGGAGAUUUGCAAAAUAUAGAUUUGCCAAUUAUAAAAAAGUUAUACAAACAUAAAACCCAUGGAUGACUUUAUAAAUAAAUCAAGUUCUGACUAAACGGAAAUUUGACAAGUAAUUAGUCCAUAAUCCUGACAGCUUGACUUGCAUUUAUAUACACAUGAGAAGAGCUAACCAAGAAGAAUGCAACUGCUACACCCAGCUCUAGAUUUUUUCAAAUAAUAAAGGGCUGAUCCUGAACUAAUUUAUGCUGAUGUAAGUCAGGAGUAAUUAUAUUAAAGUCUGUGAGGGUUACACUGGUGUGAAACCAUUGUGUUGGUCAAAUGGAGUUCACACAGCUGGAAGGCUUAUAGUUGAAAUCUCUACACCCAGAAGUAAUGCUGUUGCAAGUAGGUUUCACAUCUGAGCUACUGCAAAUAAAACACAUACUUUUCCUGCAACCACAUGUGCCUCUUUGCAUGUCAACUCCUUCGUACUCCAUAAUAUGCCAAUGCUCUAUCUGUGUUCUCUGAGAAGAAAGCUCUGGAGGCUGUGCUAGAGCAUUUAACCUGGAGUCAAGGGAGCUGAUGGACAAGCUCUUUAACUUGUCCAUUCUACAUCAAGUGUUGCUAACUCUUGAAAUGUUGUCACAAGUCUCAUACUAUCUGGUAGGUUUAUUAGUGCAUUAAUUGCUGGAGCUUUAAUUUUAAAGUUUCUUAGAUCUUUCUGUUUUGGAAAAAAAGACUGAAAAUGUGACUCAAAUACCAAAAGGCAAAUGAAAAGCCAGAGUAAGGCUGUGUGUACACUGCACCCC